AUGACAAAUUUAAAAAAUAAAAAAAUUGAAAAUUCAAGUAUAGAGGUUGAUAACAAUAAUAAUAAUAAUAAUAAUAACAAUAAUAAAAAUCAAAAUAAUAAAAAAAGAACAUUAGAAAUAUCCUAUACAAAUAAAUUUCAAUUUUUAGAUAGUUCAGAUAGUGGUGGUGAAAGUGAUACAGAUAAAGAAAUGAAUAGAGUUUCAUUAAAAAAAAAAAAGAAAUCAUCACCAAUUUCAAAUAAAUUAAGUCAAGAUUUAAAGAAAAAAGAACAAAAAUUUAAAACUACAAAUGAUACAGUAACUGAUUAUAACACCAACAAUGGUGGUGGUGGUGUAGGUAGUAAUGGUGAAAUUCAAAAACCAACAUUUUCAAUUAAUCGUAAUAAUUGUACAAUUAAAGAUAUUCAAGAUUAUAUAGUUUGGUUAAUGUUAAGAUUUAAAGUACCAACACCAAAUUGGAUUUUCACAGCAAUGUCACCAUUAAUUAAAAAAGUUGUAGUAGUAUCAAUUCAAGGCAUUAGUUCGUUGAUGCACGAUAAAUUAUCAUUGUUAUCUGGUAAAGAUCAUUUAUUCUCUCAAGUAUUUGAAGCUAAAAACAAAGUUGAAUUACAAUUUCCAAAUUAUAAUCAUAUCUUUGAAUCACUAUUAAAUGUCAAAACUUGUAAAGUUCAAAAAAUUGAUACUUGUGAAAAAAUGAGAAAAGAAAUUGAACCAAUAUCAUUCUAUCUAUUAGAUGAUCAACAAUUAGUUGAAAAUGGUUAUUUUACUAUAAAAGAUUUAAAAGAUGGUUGGGUAUAUAGUAAUCAAGUUAAACAAAUUUUAAAUUUAAUAAAACCAUCUAAUGAUGAUGAUAAUAAUAAUAAUAAUCAAGAAGAAGAUAAUGGAGCAUCAUCACCAACAACAACCACAGUUAAUAGUGAUGAUGAUAAUAAUGAUAAUAAUAAUAAUUUAAUAAAUAAAUUAAAUUUAAAAGUUAAAGAAAUGUUAGCAAUUGAUUGUGAAAUGUGUAGAACAGAGGGUGGUCAAUUAGAAUUAACAAGAAUUAGUAUUGUAAAUGAACAAAAAAAAGUAGUAUUGAAUGAAUUAGUAUUACCAGAGAAACCAAUUAUAGAUUAUUUAACGCAGUACAGUGGUAUUACAGCAGAUACAUUAAAGAAUGUUACAAAUCGUUUAUCGGAUAUUCAUGCGAAACUUGAGAAAUUGGUUGGAGUUGAUACUGUAUUGAUUGGACAUUCCUUGGAGAACGAUUUGAAAGCAAUGAAAUUCAUACAUCGUAAAAUCAUUGACACAUCUAUACUCUAUCCAACAGGAUCCAGUGGUAAAUUCUCAUUGAAAUAUUUAACAAAGAAAUAUUUAAAUCGUAUCAUUCAAUCUACUAAACAUGGUAAACUUGGUCAUGACUCAAUUGAGGAUGCACGUGCUGCAAUGGAUUUAGCUCAAUUGAAAAUUCAAAAAGGUAAAAGUUUUGGAACUAGAUUGGCAUCAAUGGAGAAUUUAUUCGAUAAAAUUAAUAAACAUGAAAAGAAAUCAAGUUUCAUCGAUAGAUUAGAAGAUAUUAAAACUUUUACUUCUCAAGUGGUAUCUUGCUUCAAUUGUGAAAAUGAUAAUGAAGUAAUUGAAAAAAUAAUUAAACAAUCCUCAAAUUCCUCUUCUUCAGAUUUAAUCUUUUCACAAUUAACUUCAUUAUCUGAUCAUUUUAAAAGUUUACUACCAAAACAAUUUUCAAUUACAAAUCCUGAAGAAAAUAAAUUAACUACUACUACAACCACAACUACUACUACUAUUACUAAUCCAAUUGAAACUAUUAUUGAUUCACCAUUAUUAACUGAAAAAGAAAUUAAAGAAAUUCAUUCACUUGAUAGUAUUGAAAUUAAUACAACAGUUAAACAAAUAGUUCGUCAAAUGGAAUUACAAAUAAAGAAUGUUUAUGAUAAAUUACAAGAGAAUUCAAUGUUAUUAUUAAUUUUAGGUCCUGGUCCAUUAAAUGAUAUUAUUCGUUUCCAAGGUGAUGGUAAUAAACAAAAAGAUUAUUAUUUAUCAGUUGAUACUGCAAAAGAAGGUGUGGCAUUUUUAGCAUUAAAAUAA